GUCAUAGACGUUUUGACCGAGACGGCCAUGGAGGGUCUGAAAGGUUUAAAUUCGGGCGGCAAAGGAGGAAAGCCCAAUUGGAAAGGUGCACUCGCCGGGGUCAAGAGAGGAGCAACACGAGCCGUGAAACGUAAAGCGACGCAAGAGAUUCAACGCGCGUUGUCCAAAAGAGUGAGAAAAGACCUAUUUGGAGUAUGAUUCCCAUUUACUCGAGGCGUGUGAGACGUAUCCCAAUACGACGAACGUAUAAAGGCGGUACGAUCUUCCCAACACGCUCAAAACUUCCAAGCUAUCGUUGGGUGCAGUCCGCACUUAGAAGUUAACGAAGACGACGUAGACGACGACGAUGACGGACAUGGUCGCUCAUGCCAGGUCAGCAGGGGUUCGUAACCCUCGCCUGAACAUGUUCAGCACACCUCCCACGGAUCUCAGCAUGUCAUCUCGUCGUUUGGUGAGAAUCAAUCCGUUCAAUACGGGGAUCAACCCAGUGACCUUCCAAGUCGAUCCGCAAGAAGACUUUAUCGACUUGAACGAGAGUUUCUUCGAGGUGGAAUUGACCGUAAAGAAAAGUGACAAUACGAAUGUGUUGACAGCGGAUGUCCUGGGACUCGCCAACAAUCUGGCUCACACCCUCUUCAAACAGAUCAAUGUGAGAUUGAAUGGCACUCUCAUCAGCCCUCAGACCGAUACUUACCACCUCAAAGCCUACAUCGAGACACUGUUGAACCACGACCGAGACGACGGUGAAACGAUCUUGACACCCAAUGGUUGGUACAACUGUCUCGGUGUACCCGACGACGGAGAUGCUGAUGAAUUGACAAGAGCUCUUGUCACAGCUGGGUGA